AUGAGAAUGUCUUCUGUUGAAUUACCAGAUGAUAAUGAAAGAAGUUUGUCUUCUGCUAGCACAUCACCGGCCGGAUAUAAAGUAACUGUAAUGGAUAAUAGUGAUCCUGAUUGGUGGAAAGGAAAAUGUCUCGGUCGUGUUGGUUAUUUUCCAUCUAAAUACGUAGAGAAACUCGAACGAGGUGAAGGACCUCUACAGGUCACCCCCAAUCUUCAAAUUCAAGAAGGCGAAACCGCAAUCAGGCUGCUCAGAGAUCAAAUUGUCGUACAAGUCGGUGAGGAAAUUGAUGGUAAGAUAAUGAUUCGUGGUGUUGAUAACAGGCAAGGUGCUUGUCCUUUAAAAUUUUUACAAGAAGUGUGA